AUGCUAGCGGGGUCAUACGGACUAGCAUUGGAGCUCGUCAAUUUCGCUCUGAGCAUGCUCAUCUUCUUGGCGUACAUCGCCGAGCUCUACGACCAGGAUAUUUACUAUUCCCACUCUCGCUUUGCGGUUGAGGUGGUCGCUACGUCCUUCUUCAUCUUCGACUUUGGGCUGCACCUUUUUGUAGCAAACGAUCCUUGGAAAUAUGUCUUCUCAGGCCAUGGAAUGAUCGAUCUUGUCACGAUUAUCCCAUCACUAAUUGUGUUCGUGGAUCCAGGAACUCGAUCAAACUUGAUGUUCGUCUUCCGCGUACUCCGUAUUUUCCGCAUUCUACGUGUCUUGCGGCUGGCUCGUUACAUUAAGUUCAAGAAACACGGCUUCGAGUACGAGCUUGGAGUCUUUAUUUUUUCGACAAUUGCAGUUAUUCUAUGCGCAGCGGGGAUCUAUCAAGCGCUAGAGUCUGAUGGAUACGACGAAGACGAUAAAUUGGAGUAUCACGACUCGCUUUACUUCGUUUUGGUGACGGUAUCGACUAUAGGCUAUGGAGAUGUCACUCCGCGCACUCUUUUGGGACACGUGUUCGUGAUUGUUGCCAUUAUUGCUAUUUUCACGAUUGUUCCUGCUGAAGUCAACAAACUCAAUGCGCUAGCCAAGCUAAGCAAGCCUUGGGAUAAAGAAGUCACGGUCAAGGCAUCUGGACACGUCAUCGUCUCUGGAUAUAAUCUCUCGGCUAUCACUGUGCUAGAGUUCCUUCAAGAGUUUUAUCAUCCCAGCCGUGGAUCUAUCCACUUAGACGUGGUGUUUAUCAGUGACGAACCUCCAUCACCAGAACUACUUUGUGUUCUCGAAAAGCAAAAAUACAGACGAAGAACGAGUUAUUUACGAGGAAGUUUAAUGAAGGAACGGGAUCAGUGUCGAGUGAAGAUGGCAUCUGCGACCGCUGUCUUUUUCCUAGCCAACAAUCGAAAUGAACCAGCAAAACAAGAUGCAGCAACAAUUCUACAUGCAGUCUCGAUACGAAACUACGCCGAUACGUGUGGGAAACACGUGGAUAUUUACGUUCAGCUGCUCUCACGUGUGCACGAAUACGAAAUGUUGUCAGCACUACUGGGUGCAAAUGCUACGAAGACGUCGGCGCUGAAGGAUAUGCUACUUGCUCGAGCUGCAGUGUGUCCAGGAUCCAGUACUCUCAUCUUGAAUUUAAUCCGCUCGUAUCAUGUAGGCCAAUACACUAAACGUCGAGUGUGGAGUAAAGGAUGGAUCCAUGAAUACCUAGACGGGCUGACGUAUCAGAUAUUCCCUAUCAUGUUUUCGUCCCGUUUCGACGACCGCAAAUUCGGAAGCGUAGCUCGACACAUGUACGAAAAAUAUGGGGCUCUACUCUUCUCGAUUUUCAGCCGGAAUUGCUCAGCAGAUGAAGGAACGCAUGGCGGUACGGUUUAUCUGGCCCCGUUUGGUACACUCAUAAGUGAAGGGGAUAUUGGGUUUGUCAUCGCGAAAAGUGCCUCGGAUGUUAUUCGUAUUGUAAAUUCGUAUGGGUAUUGGGAAAGCGAGUCUGAAGAAGAUCUCAGGUCGUCUGCGAGUAUGUUGACUUCUCCUGUACGAAUUUCAUCGGACUCUCUUUGGCGUCGAUCACCUCGUCAUUCCUUUCACCCCGUAAUGAAAUCAGCCUCUGUCCGAAAUAUUCGCUUGGAGCUGGGAGAUCAAGACGAAUACGCCCAGUCCACGCCAUCUGUGACAAAGGCGUCUUUGAAGACACGUUCGUUGCAUGCAGCUAUCCGAUCCAAAGAUGUGGACAGAAUUGAAGCAGCUUUCCAACGAGAUCACUUAAGAUCGAACGUAAAGGGACAAUCAGGUCAUUACGUCAUUUGCUCCAGGAGCUUGUCGGAUGCAGUUUCGAUCUCUAAGUUACUUCGGAGAUACACCCAGCACGAACUUAAAGAUCUAAUGAUGGUGGCGGAACAACACUCUGCAGAUUUACUACGUGAUAUGAUCCUAGUCGUCGGGAGCCCAGCACGAAUUAAUGAUCUAUUACGCGUCGAGGCGUCAAAAGCUCGGCAAGUUGUGAUCUUGCCGCUAGACAAAAGCGUAUCGAGAGAACCAGACCAACUUACAUCCAGCUAUGAAGUAUCGGAAUUCGGACUGAGCGGGCAAAACACUUUACUGGACGACGAGCGUCUAGCUGACUUCGGUGUUGUCUGCUCUUUACUGGAAAGUGAUGCUGAGACCUCGCCAACAGCUCAUACUUCUUUUAAACGGGAACUAGAGCAAGGUAUUCCACUGGAAAGUGUAAAACUACGAGCGUUGGGGCGAUUUCCUGGUCUAGACCCAGGUAUAUUUCGUGAGAAGUCCGACAUUAUUGAUGGUGUAUUGCAACAGUUCGACACCCAAGUUAUGAAAGCUGAACGGAAAAUCACAGCUGCUGGCUCGAGAUCGGCCACUGGGAAUACGCUUUCUGUCUUGCACUACGCUUGCAAUGCAAAACUAUGUCGCCCGUGUGAUGAGGCUGUCCAGGAUGAAUUCCCAUCUCUGACUCCUUCAUUUGCUGGGGGUAAUAUUUUCCUAUCGAGUCUCCUGAAUCGAAUUGUCUGUCAAGCAUUCUACAAUCCCUACAUUAUGGAAGUAGUUGUAGCUCUAGCAAACGGAAGUGGCUCAUUGACUUUCUCUAAAUACGGUGAUGAUUCUCCGAACGUAGGAAACAAUACCGAAAGCUCCCACCGUCGACUUUUUGAGGAGGAAAUUAACGACGAAUUUGUUGGUGGGGCGUUCAUGGAUGUUUUUCUCAACUACAUAUCAAGAGAAAUGCUCGUAAUCGGUGUCAUGCGAUCUACCUGCCUCGAGCUUGACAACCUCCUGCCAUUCGUGUACACGUGUCCUCCCUCAUCAUUAAUAAUGCACUCGAAGGAUCGGCUAUUCGUUCUCGGCUAA